AUGGCAUCCUGUUCAGCUGGCGUUCGCUACACGGACGACAGAUCUACAGGCUUCACCCCGGCGAUCCUGAACUUGGGACGAGGGGCUCCUUUACUGGAAAAGAAUGCCCUGGGCCUCCGGGAUGGUACCCAGCCUCUUUAUUCAAGGUACGCUGAGUACCUCCAGAGCCGACUGGACGUCGCAGCUCGAACGGCUCGGGAGAACUUCGGGGACGUCGUAAGGUUGGACCAGGCUCGCCAGUACAGCCGUGCACGACGGAAUCUUACCUACAGCGUCGGUGACCUUGUCCUUCGACGGACUCACCCGCUUAGUGAUGCGUGGCGCGGCUUUGCAGCUUCGCUCACAGAUAGGCUUCGUCGCUGCGACACCGGCGAGGAAACUGUGCCACUACACAUCUCGGAUCUGAAAGCCUUCGACACCCCGACGGAGGGGAGGCCGAUCAUCAGCCGUCUCCUCCCAGGACCUGGACCAGGAUUCCGCUUCCGGAGCAGCUUCCAGUUGCUACAGUUUGCGUCCCCGCAGGACGCGCACGUAGCUUCCACUAUCCUAGUCGCUGCCAUGCCUCCCCCAACGCCUGGACGCUCUCCAGGAGCUAGUUUGUCUACCGCCCGGCCUCCGGUUCCUAGCCGAUCUGAACCACUAACUCACCGGUCAGUGGCUACAUGGACCGUCGUAGCGGGAGAGAGACCUGUAUCGUGGGCCUCCCGCUCUCGCUGGACCUCUCAACCCCGCCUGCUUCGCACCGACCACCCGGCGAAAGUGCCUAUUGCUGACAGACCGACACCUCAAAGAUCCCCCGAUUCCGCUGACUGAGGAGGAAAGACUUCUAUGUCUUCUGUGUCAAGUCCCCGAGCUGCACCGUCGAACGCAUCGACAAGGACCACUUCACCAUGCUAAACAACAGUCCAACAGCGGGGACGUAGCCUCAGCGCUAGAGACAUUGAGGAGGCAUAGGCCCGACAUCUUAAGGCCUUCCUCCCCACCGAAUCCUGGAGACGACGUAGCCCUUGAAUUCGACGACGACGACGACCUCUAGACGAAACAUUGUAGUUGUUUUCGGUUGUGAAGCUGUGUGCGAUGUUUGCAGUGAGGGAAGUGUGGGGAGAGGUGGACGACGAAGAGGUGGAGUACUGGUAGUAAAAAGGAGGACGACGAAGGGGUUCUAGGACAGUGUGGACGUGGAAGCGGACUGUAACGGACCUUAAGAUGUAAGAUGUGAAUAGUGUGUUGCCACUCUCGGGGGCAAAGCCCAUCCAUUCGAUCCCAGUGGAAGGCGAAGCACAAAUGCAAACACAAGAUGUACCAGCAAAUGGCAGUUUAGAUACAUGUCAUUCCCUAACUCGCCAAAUUUUUCGUACUCGUGCAGCAUGUGAAAGGCCGUAAUCUCCUCUCUCUCGUUCUAGAUAGCAAAAUAAUGAAUACGUUAAAAAUAUGCGUGCUUAUUGUCAUAUAUACAGAGUAUGUGACGUAGGACUGACUGAAUUUUAUUAAAUCCGCGACUGACUUUUUUUCCGUCGUUGAAUAUAUAUGAUCUUUAUAGAUCACAACCCUGAGGGGCAUACCCCGCAAGAACCGAAACCACAGAGGCUUUUUGCGCUCUAAUAAGAAAACGUGCGAAAGCACUGUGGGGGUUUUGCGGUCAAUGUCUCGUCUCCCUGUCUCUGUGUCGCCCUUUCUCAACUGACAUCAGGUUAUUCCUGAAAUCAUGGAACAGCCCGCUUUGUCUGAACAGUGAGGAAAAUAUCGAUGCCGUUUCUCAGUGUACAUUAUAAAAUAUGCUGUAAUUGAUUUUGUUUCCGCCGUUAUCUCGUUUGAUCUGCCCAAGACCUCACAACACAGUUCGCAUUUAACAAAAGAGAGAGAGAGAGAGAGAGGGAGAUUAUGGGUUUAAUGGCACAAAGGCAACAAAGGCCAUAGAGCGCCAAAACUAGGGUAAAAAUGAAAAUGGAAAAAUGAAAUCAAAGAUAAGAAAAACAACGAGGAAGCUAGGAAGCGUGAUGUCAAUGUUGUCAAACUAAGUAAUAGGAAAAAGCGGCCGCGGAACUCGCGCAACGCUCGAAGAUCGUGCAUGUUCGCUCAUUUUUAGGGCACAGAAAAGUGCUACUGUUUCAAUCUAGUUUCAGGCCUGUGGCUUGAACACCCUUUGUUCCCUACCGAUGCGGAACUCAUCAAAUAGUCCGUCCUGAGGCCUCGCGCAAGGGCAUGAUUGCAAUACAGGUCGUGAUUUUCAAUUGGAAGCGCUGCGGAUUACACUCUCCUUAUAAACAGACUUGUGUGA